UAUUAUAUGUCUGCCACAAAUCUGGAAUUUCAUUAUAAAUGCCAUGGUUUGAUGCAAAUUCAAACCCAAGCUACAUGCAAGCUUAAAUAAAUCCUGGCAAGUCUGGCAACACCAUUCAUCCGUCAAAAGUUUUAGGUUAGGCGUCGCGUCAUUGCGGUUUCCAAUUGUUUUUCUCGUAUUAUGUAGUGUUAGUAGUCCAAAAUGAGUUCCCCGAGCAAGGAAACCGAGGAGCCGUCGUCUAGUUCCGUGGCUGUGCCGAAUGGGGCGGGCGACGACGGCUGCAGCGCUGAAGAGAAGGCGGAGGGCCCUCGGCCGCCCGCCAAGCGGCCGUUGUCGACGGCAGUAAUCGAGAUCUCGGAUACAGACAGCGACGACUCGGACGUGUGCGCCGUCAAAUCUUACCAGGCCACGGCCGACGAGGUGAAGCGUAUCCGCGGCGCUGAUCAAGACUACUCAUCAUCCUCCUCCUCCUCCUCGGACUACAGCUCCGACUCCGAGUCCGCCUGGGAGGAUGACUCCGUCCUCAUUGAGAGUGAGCCCCCUCCUGUCCGGCUGGUGUGCGCACAGCUCAACCCUAGAGCCAACAGGAUGGACGACCCUACGCUUAACCAUACUAUUAAGUCACAAGAACUCAUAGACAAAUUCAAAACACACUGGACAGAGCAGAAAGACUUGUCCAUCCCCGAACUCACAUUAACCUGCUCCCCAUUCCGGCUCGGGCUCCUCCACGGGUUGCUGGCCAACCCGGACAUGAUCAACAACAUUGUAGAUGAUAUGAACACACUAGACUGGUCGAGGAAGAAGAUGGACUUGUAUGAGUUCCACCAGACUGCAGACCUGGCCAGCCUGACAUGGCAGCGGAGUAUUAGAGGCAUACAUGAGCUGCUAAAGACUGAAGUUAUGAGCUGGGUAUCCGCAGUGACUGGCCUCGAACUAACAUCGGUAUCGGCAUCCUGUUCUCUGUAUGGUCCUGGAGACCACCUGUUAGUGCACGACGACCUUCUCGGGACCCGGCGCGUCGCCUUCAUCCUGUACCUGGCGCCGUGGCCCUGCCCUCCUCAACGGGAUCAGAAUGGAGACGACCACGUGGACGUGGACAACGACACGGGUUGGAGCGCGCACAUGGGCGGAGCGCUCGAACUGUUGGCGCGCGACGAGGACGGGCGCCCCACCGACGUGGCGCGGUCGGUUCUUCCAGCCAACAACAUGCUGGCGUUUUUCCAAGUUGGCCCAGAGACUUUCCAUCAGGUCGGCGAGGUGUUGUCGCUGGAGCUGCCGCGGCUGUCCAUCAACGGCUGGUUCCACGGGCCCGCCGGCCGCGAGCCCCCCGCGCCCGCCGAGCCCGCCGCCCCGGACCAGCACCGACCCCACAGCGACCCGGUGGUGAUGCAAUCCAUGCUAGAAGCGAGCUACAUGACGCCGCGCGCCCGCGCCGCCAUCCAGGCGCAGAUGGAGCGCCAGUCCGAGGUGUGUCUGCGGGACCUGCUGCAGGUGGACUUCUACACGAGCCUGGUGCAGGCGCUGCGGCAGGAAGAGCUGCCGUGGGAGCGCGCGGGCCCGGGCAACGAGCGGCGCUACCUCCGUCUCCCUCCGCUGUGGGAGGACUCGCAGCCGCUCGACCACCCCGUGCGCCAGCUGCUCAAGAUGGCGGCCGGCACCGCCUGGUUCCGCCUGCUGCACGACUGCACCGAUCUCACGCUCACCAAAUAUGAGCGGCUUGAGCUGCAGAAAUGGUCUCCGGGGGACUUUACUCUGCUGCCGCCGCGCGCGCAGUACGCGGCGCCGCGCCUGGAGGCCGUGGUGUACCUGGCGCUGCCGGCGCGGCGCGUGUGCGGCGGCGCCACCACGUACCUGGCGCCCGAGGAGCGGCCCGCCGAGCCCGCCGAGCCCGACGCCGCGCUCGUCACCGUGCCGCCCGUCUCCAACGCGCUCAGCCUCGUCUACUGCGACGCGGGCGCCGCCGGCUUCACCAAGUACCUCAGCAAGAUGACCAUGGCGCCCGAGGACCACUUCUUCAUACUCGCGUGUACGUAUAGGGAGUGACGAACGUGCUACCAUUCUCUCUGCGGGCGGGAGAGGCAUACGUGUCUUGUUAUCGGUUGAAGUUGGGGGUAGAUUGUAAUGGAGCGAUUUUAAAGGCAGUUUUUAGUCUAGAUACUUUACCACACACUCAAAGAUAAUGGCGGUGCGGCUGGCUUCAUCAAAUACCUACGAGGUGACCAUGGCACCUCCGGAUCGUUUCUUCACACCUACGUAUUCGUAUAGUGACGAACGUGCUAUGAUUGUCUCUGGAUGCGAGGGAGGCAUGGGUGUCAUGUUAUUGGUUAAUUUGCUUUGAGGUAAAUUGUAACGGAACGAUUUUAUAGAUGUAAUAGUACAUUACUAUAGAGGGCGGGAAACGAAGGGUUGCCGGACAAAUACGUAGUAGGUACGCGGCGAGCAACCCCGUUUCUCGCCGAGAUUUGUAUAGUGCUUAUCUCAAACUUGCAAUGAAAUAAAUUAAAAUUAUAGUCAAUUUGUUUUGUGACGACCUGCUCGGCUCGCCACCCUACCAGCGGUGUACAGCAGCCUGCGCGAUGCACCACCGCCGUUGCUUAGCAACGAACGUGCACGACACAACAGAUCUAGGUUUACACAACUAAAACAAAUUACGAAUCUACUACUACUUGUAGCUUAUUUAGUUUUUAUAUUUGCAAUUACACUGUUUUGUGUUUAUUUAUUUAUUUAAACUUUAUUGCACAAAAUAUAUGUAUACAAUAAUGUACAAAUGGCGGGCUUAUUGGCGUACUGUUUAAUACCUUGGGUACAGUGACGGCUGUCAUCUUCAUACAAUUUACAAUUUCAAAUCGCAAAAGAGGUUGAGAUUACAGCUUUCAUCGUACCAAGCUAACUGACAAAAUAUUAUUUUUUGAUGGUUGAAGGCCAAGACGUUAUGUCACAAUUUGACGUUUAUAAACAAAACGAGAUAGCUGAGAGAUGCUUUGCAGACCUAGUUCACCUUCACUCAUCGCACCGGAUGCGUCAUAUUUCCGGACCUAAUUUAAAGUAAGUCAUGUUAACAUUUCAUUGCAAGUUUGAGAAAAAGCUAUUUCAAUAUCAAUUGGGGAUUUCGUAGUUGAGUUAUGGCUUUGAUACGUUACAUUCAUUCUUAAAUUGUUUUGAUUUAGACACUAUGAUUUUGUACAUUGAUUUACAUACGUAAAACAGGGAGUUCCCAACCUUUUUAGGGUUCCGUACCUAAAGGGUCAAAUGGGACCCUAUUACUGAGACUCCGUCCGUCCGUCUGUCACCAGGCUGUAUCUCAUGAACCGUGAUAGUUAGUCAGUUGAAAUCUCUACAGAUUAUGUAUUUCUGUUGCCGCUUUAACAACAAAUACUAAAAACAGAAUAAAAUAAAUAUUUCUUUCCAAUCUCGAGGUUCUCAUCCAAUCACCGAAGUUAAGCAACGUCUGGCGGGGUCAGUACUUGGAUGGGUGACCGUUUUUAUAGGUAAUGGUACGGAACCCUUCCUGUGCGAGUCCGACUCGCACUUGGCCGGGUUUUUUUACGUUACUCCUCCUUUGUGAAGAUUUUUGUGUCUCCGUUUAAAUUGUAUAAUGGUUAAAAAAUAAGAAACACUACAGCUAUUUGUGAAUUAUGAAAUUUUCUGCGCCUCCUGUUGUUUUUCCAGUCCAAUUUAUUAUUACUAGCCAAAUACUUGGCUUUAAUGACCAUUAUUAUGGUUUACAACCGUUUCACAAGCGUCCCUGAAAUACCUAGCUGGUCUAAAACAUAAGAUUUUACACAUAGUAGCUUAUUUUAGCCGUUCGGGGAUAUGUAGGCUAAGUUCACAAUUCACGACGGUUUGUUCAUCACUCCACACCUUCACUUAGUUUUACCACAACCACCUACGGUCACAUCUCGACGUGAAGUAAGCGAGGCCCAGAGGGACUCAAAUCCAUUUUAUAAGCACGCGAUUACGCCGCUAAUUACAAAUAGUUUAUGACUUAAAAUAGCGUAAACAUUGUAGGACUUGCGUCUCUUUGGUUCGCGCUAAUUUUUUAUACAUCGACAUUAGUAAAAGAGAACUCUACGCGCAUUAGCGUAAGAUUCAUCUUCGCAUACACCACGAGUGUUUCAUUCUGAUGUAACGUUCAAAGUUAUCAAUUCAUUUCGCAUCGACUGUCCGCGACUUGUCAUCUCACUCGCACUGCACUAAUUAAACAAGGAUAGCUGUGACGGUCGCGGUUAGUUUUGCUAGUCUUUCAUUCGUUCACAGAGAAAGGAAGUGUGCGUAUUUUUGUAAUACAUUGUUAAGGGUUGAAAGUAACUGGUACAAUAGCAAGUGAGGGCGUCUGUAGUUAAAUGGAUCUACUAUUUAAUUAUAAGGAAACUUGCAAAAAAAUAUGUUUUCAUCUCUUUAUCGAGACAUGAGAGCAGAUAACUUAUUCUUUAGGAAUUUAAAUAAUUAGGUAUGUAAUUUUUUGUUUUUGACAGAAGAGAUGAAAAUGUAUAUUUGUGUGGCUGCGAUCUUAAGCGGCCUUAGGGCUUGGAUAUAUUCGAUCUAAUGCCACAUUUUGACCGUGCUGUGUCGAAAACAGUGGUUAGUAUAUAAUUGUCCUUUUUGUAAAUAGUAGCAAUGUAGCGAGAUGCAAUGAAUUAAGUUUAAUACAGUUUUGUUGAGUUUGUGGUUCUGGUCUGGUCAUUAGUUGACAUGCCAAAGAUCUACUGCAGUAGAUAUUUCUUUACACGUGCAUAGAUUAUACGUCAUGCGUUAAAAGCCGUUUGAUAUGCUUCAGUUUGAGAUCUUGUCUCAGUAUUUUAACUAUAAAACUCCCGAGACAUUUUGAACGUGUUACUUCCGUAUUAAGUCGAAUAAUCGCUCGAUAUUUUUCGAUCCAUUUUUACCUCAGGGUCUUCGACUGGUACCUGGAGUUGUACCUACUGCACCGUCUCUAAAGAUUAGAAAGCACUGCAAUUAAUUUCUUGUGGUUUCAGUGUUGCAAGUGCGUGCGCUUAUGAAGCAUGCCAUAUGCACUUCUUGCAAAUAUCAAAUAUCAAAUAUCAAACAUUUAUUCAGCAAAUAGGCCACAGGGGCACUUUUACAUGUCCAUUUUUACAAACAAUAAAUUAAAAAAAAACAAUUACAAAUAUCGAAUCUAUGAAAUAAUAAAUACUUUAUUAGAGAUGUAUACUGUCUCUAAAUGUCAAAUUACACAAAAAAAAAACUAUGAUAAAAAAAUAAAACCAUAAACCAUGCGGUUCUGAAACCGCAAGAAAUGAAUCGCCGUGCAUUCUAAGUCCGAUGAUGCAGCGCACGACGUGUACACAUGGAGCUGAUCGGAACAUGUCGUUUAUUCGACUUAACAAUACAUUAAUUUGUCUCAGCAUGUUGAAAGAUACAUCGCUAAACGUUUUAGUCUGUAUGAAUUUUGGUUUCGUACUGCGCACCGUAUGUUUGAUAAAACUAGAUGGAGAUAUUUAAAUAAAAUAUUAUGUUUUUGUGAUGUCACCUUUAUGUUAAUUAUGUUAUCUGAACUUUGAAUUAAUAAUACACACAAGUGACCAAUUGACCAUUAAUCGACAAUUAAUAAAAAAACUUUUUUUAGCCUUUUUAUUAGCGCCGUGUAUUCGGCCACUACAUCGAAAAAUUGCAAAUCUAUCAAUCCAUAUCCAUAUGCUUCUUAUGGCAUAGAGAAAUUAGUAAGCUUAGAGUGUCCACUCCAUACAUAGAUAAAAACUCAUUCAUAAUAAUUUUAAAGGGAACUUUGCGAAAACUUAUUUGUAAUAAAACUUACAAACUUAUUAAUAAUACGUUUUACUAUACCCAUACAACUUAUUAUUUAUUAAGUAAGGAGACUGAUGUCUAAGCUCUCUUAUUUCUCUAUGGUUAUGGUAUGGUUAAAUGAUGUGUUUGAGCGAUCGCCCACUUUCCUUUGAACUGCCCAUUCGUCAACCUUAUUGCAGAGUUGCUGUUAGUACGCUUACGUUUCAAAUGGUUGUUAUUCUGAGUAGAGAGCUGAACUCGUUUGGGAGGCAGAGCCGUGUUCGAAUGUACGCGUGUAUGUAAGGAUGUGUUCAUCACCUGUCGCUUAUGGCACUUGUGAAAAGGCAGAAAAGGGUCCGUAUUCUGUUUUGAAUAACUUUGGCAUGGUAGGUAUAUAACCCUAGGCCAAAAUAAUGGAAAUACAUUAGCUACUGUUAUAUGAGCUCUGUUAGGUUGAAAAUAACGAAUUUAUAGUAUUUCUUUUUUUUUUUUUUUUUUUUUUUCAUUUAUUUAGAACACAAACAGUCACAUAUACAAUAUUUCAAACCAACUAAGAUGAAUGUUGGGAAGAGCGACAUAUAAAACGUAUAACAGGGAAGUAUAGGACAAGAUCUCUCGUAUUUGUAAUCGUACCUCAGUCGUCACUCUACCGACCUUCUGUAAGUGCAGUAUUUGUACAACCGCAAGAGUUAAAGCGACGAAAGAGCUUGUAGCCGGUCUUCCCUUAUAGACGGUCUUCUCCACAUUGAUCUUCAACGACGUUUGUUACCAUACUUUGGCUUAGGGUGUACUUUUUUAUUUAUUUAACAAAAAAUACUGCUAAAUAAAAGAUGACGACUGUGUGUUCGUGUGACUUCAAUUCAAAAGCAGAGGGUCCCUUUUCCGCCGCCGCGCCACGCCGCGGCCGCCCGCCCGGAAUGCUCGCAAGUUACAGUUGACAAGUUCUGGCGCGCGGCCGCGGCCGGCAUAGAUACAUUGAAUACUUGUACUUUGUAAAUAUUAUUAUAGUUGAUAAUACAAUUGUGAACAUA